GUGUUUGAGGAAGUCGUGCGGGGCUGACUGGGUCGAGAUUCCCGAUUUUAAUGUGGUCAGGGGGGUGUCAGCGCCCGCAGUCCCGCCGCCCCAGCCCCCGCCUCCCCCGCCCCGCGUCCCCGCCGACAGAGUUAGCACAGCAUCAGUAUGAGCUGGUCACCUUCCCUGCCAACCCAGACAUGUGGGCCCUGGGAAAUGAAAGAACGCCUUGGGACCGGAGGAUUUGGAAAUGUCAUCCGAUGGCACAAUCAGGAAACAGGGGAGCAGAUCGCCAUCAAGCAGUGCCGGCAGGAGCUCAGCCCCCGGAACCGCGAGCGUUGGUGCCUGGAGAUCCAGAUCAUGAGAAGGCUGAACCACCCCAACGUGGUAGCUGCCCGGGACGUCCCCGAGGGGAUGCAGAACUUGGCCCCCAAUGACUUGCCCCUGCUGGCCAUGGAGUACUGCCAAGGAGGGGACCUCCGAAAGUACCUGAACCAGUUUGAGAACUGCUGCGGCCUCCGGGAAGGUGCCAUCCUCACCCUGCUGAGCGACAUUGCCUCUGCGCUUAGAUACCUUCAUGAAAACAGAAUCAUCCAUCGGGACCUUAAGCCAGAGAACAUCGUUCUGCAGCAAGGAGAGCAAAGAUUAAUACACAAAAUUAUUGACCUGGGAUAUGCCAAGGAGCUCGAUCAGGGCAGUCUCUGCACUUCCUUUGUGGGGACCCUGCAAUACCUGGCCCCAGAGCUGCUGGAGCAGCAGAAGUACACGGUGACCGUUGACUACUGGAGUUUCGGCACCCUGGCCUUUGAGUGCAUCACGGGCUUCCGGCCCUUCCUCCCCAACUGGCAGCCUGUGCAAUGGCACUCGAAGGUCCGGCAGAAGAGCGAGAUGGACAUUGUCGUCAGCGAAGACUUAAACGGAGCAGUGAAGUUUUCAAGCUCCCUGCCCUACCCCAACAACCUUAACAGCCUCCUGGCACAGCGGCUGGAGAAGUGGCUGCAGCUGAUGCUGAUGUGGCAACCCCGACAGCGGGGCACAGACCCCACGUACGGGCCCAACGGCUGCUUCAAGGCCCUGGAUGACAUCUUAAACCUGAAGUUGGUUCAUAUCUUGAACAUGGUCACGGGCACCAUUCACACCUACCCAGUGACAGAAGAUGAGAGUCUGCAGAGCUUAAAGGCCAGAAUCGAGCAGGACACGGGGAUCCCAGAGGAGGACCAGGAGCUGCUGCAGGAAGCGGGUCUGGUGCUGAUCCCGGACAAGCCGGCCACGCAGUGCAUCUCAGACAGCAAGUUAAAUGAGGGCCGCACGUUGGACAUGGAUCUUGUGUUUCUCUUUGACAACAGUAAAGUCACCUAUGAGACUCAGAUCUCCCCACGGCCCCAGCCUGAGAGUGUCAGCUGUAUCCUUCAAGAGCCCAAGAGGAAUCUCCCUUUCUUCCAGCUGAGGAAGGUGUGGGGCCAGGUCUGGCACAGCAUCCAGGCCCUGAGGGAGGACUGCAACCGGCUGCAGCAGGGACAGCGGGCUGCCAUGAUGAAUCUGCUCCGGAACAAUAGCUGCCUGUCCAAGAUGAAGAACUCCAUGGCCUCCAUGUCGCAGCAGCUCAAGGCCAAGCUGGAUUUCUUUAAAACCAGCAUCCAGAUUGACCUGGAGAAGUACAGUGAGCAGACCGAGUUUGGGAUCACCUCAGAUAAACUGCUGCUGGCCUGGAGGGAAAUGGAGCAGGCUGUGGAGCUCUGUGGGCGAGUAGGAGACUCACUUGGGAUUUUUGCACUUACUGGGGAGGAGGACGACGUGAAGCAGCUGGUGGAGCGGAUGAUGGCGCUGCAGACCGACAUCGUGGACCUGCAGCGCAGCCCCAUGGGCCGGAAGCCGGGGGGCACGCUGGAUGACCUAGAAGAGCAAGCGAGAGAGCUUUACCGGAGACUCAGGGAAAAGCCAAGAGACCAGCGAACCGAUGGUGACAGUCAGGAGAUGGUGCGACUGCUGCUUCAGGCCAUUCAAGGCUUUGAGAAGAAAGUGCGAGUGAUCUACACGCAGCUCAGUAAAACCGUGGUUUGCAAGCAGAAGGCCCUGGAGUUGCUGCCCAAGGUGGAGGAGGUGGUGAGCUUGAUGAACGAGGAUGAGAAGACGGUUGUUCGGCUCCAGGAGAAGCGGCAGAAGGAACUCUGGAAUCUUCUGAAGAUCGCCUGUAGCAAGGUCCGAGGUCCUGUCAGUGGCAGCCCAGAUAGCAUGAACGCUUCUCGACUGAGUCACCCCAGUCAGCUGAUGUCUCAGCCUUCUGCAGCUCCUGACACCCCUGACAGUUUUCCUGAGUCAGCCAAAAAAAGUGAGGAGCUGGUGGCUGAAGCUCACACCCUCUGCACCCAGCUAGAGAGUGCCGUGCUGGACACUGUGAGAGGGCAGGACCAGAGUUUCAUGACCCUCGACUGGAGCUGGUUACAGACGGAGGAUGAGGAGCAGAGUGGCGGGGAGCAGGCUGCAUGAUGAGGGAGGUCUUGACCCUUGAUGCGGGGCUGACCGUGAUGCCUGCGGCAGUGAUUCCUCGCGGUCUUGGGC